UGAGACUGUCGUUACACCGCAUUGUUAUUUGAAGGUUUUUCCCAACCAUGCAUCUCGCGAUUUGGAUCGGAACCGACGAGCUUAGUUGAUUGCUAAUUGGAGUGACGUCAUCUCAUCGAGAUGGCUGCCGAAAUGUGUCCCCAGGAGACCAUCCCCAUUUUCAUUGACAAAAAUGUUGUCAUGGAGAGGCCGCAAAGGUUUGUGUCCAACUCUCAGCCCAACGGGAAAAUGAUGGGACCGACAAUAGUUGAGUUGCAGCAUUCGGACAAUUUUGUGAAAAAGCACUCGAAAGACCCCAAGCUGCCUGAGAUCAAACAGCAUGUCAGGAAUGUUUAUUGUACCUGCACAAAGCCAAUGCUCUCAGCUGGGACUUUUCUGCUGCCUGCUGGCCUCCCUGCAAAGAGGAUGUUUACAGCCACGCCAAAGGUGUCCAAACCGCCCUUGUGUAUUGUUGACACCAACAAGGGACACAAGGAGUACCAUAACAAGUUCUCAGGACUUGUCCCUGUGUACGUUAAAAAAAAGGACUAUGGAGUGAUACCAGCUUAUUUGCUGCGCCGCAAAGGACACAUUACAAAGUCUCCACAGUCCAAUUCUGAAGGCAAACAGGAGGAGUCCGAAAUAGAAAUAGAAAUAGAAAACCUUACGGACGCGGAGUGUCGCGAAAUCAUUGAGGACCUGAAGAAGAAGUGCUCAAGGCUGAACACGGCCUACCAGCGCCUCCCAUUUGUCAUAGACACCCCAUUAUUGAAGACCCGUAAGACGCGACUGGAGGGUGAUAUGCAGCAGCUGGAAAACGACCUCAAACUCCUUGAAACAUUGGUGUCCAACAAGUAAAAGGUGUGCCAGCAAUUUUAACUUCAAAAGAAGCACAUCAAAGUCAAUCAGAGGCAGUCCUAAUUUGUGUGGGAUAUCAUCCUCUCAUCGAGGCCCCAAAUGAUGAACGAUUGAUGUUACUAAACACAUUGUUUGAUAUGAUGUCACUCAUUGUUCAAAUGUGCUGUUUAUGUCCUCACCUUGACUUUUAACCUCAACCUUUAAACAAUCUAAAUCUGAUUUUGACUGAGGAGAAAGACGUAGGAUAUAUACUAGUUUAUUAUAACUGAUUAGAAAAUGCUUUGCUGAGCAAAUAAAGUUUUCUUCUUUUUACUGUG